AAAGAAAUGGAAAAGUAUUAGAAAAGAUCUCCAAGGCCAUGAAGGACCGAGGCCAUAACAGGGACACACAGCAGUGCCGCGUGAAAAUUAAGGAGCUACGGCAAGCUUACCACAAAGCCAGAGAAGCAAACGGAAGGUCCGGGGCAGAGCCGCAAACUUGCCACUACUACGCGGAGCUGCAUGCGAUCCUAGGGGGUGCAGCCACCACUACCCCAACCGUGUGCUAUGACUCUCUCACUGGAGAAACACACAGGGAAGACGGUUUGGGGAACGAGGAAGAUGAGGAUGGAGGUACUGUAGGUAGCUCACAGCAGCAAGGAAGCGGAGAAACCGGUUUCCCCAACAGCCAUGAUAUGUUUGUGACCCUGGACCUGGAACCAGUAACCCCCGAACUCACCCAAGACCCUCAGGGCACACAGGAGACCUCUGCUGCAAAUGUUUCUCCUUCGCAGAGGCUAGUGAACAUUAGAAAGAGAAAAUGUAGGACGAGGGACGAUAUGUUCACGGAGCUGCAGAUGUCCUCCCACGCUGAUAGAGCACAGCAGAAUGCGUGGAGGCAGUCAAUGUCGGAGAUGAGAAAAGCACAAUAUGAACGAGAGGAGAGGUGGCGGGCUGAAUGGCGGGCUGAAAAGAGCAAGUGGCGGGCUGAAGACGAUAGGUGGUGUCAGCUUGCAGACAGACGGCAAGAGGCAAUGCUCCGUCUGCUGGAGCAUCAAACUGAUAUGCUCGAGCGUAUGGUUGAGCUGCAGGAAAGGCAGCAGGAGCAGAGACCGCCGCUACAGCCCCUGUGUAACCAACAGCCCUCCUCCCCAAGUUCCAUAGCCUCCUCACCCAGACGCCCAAGAACACGGUGGGGGGGCCUCCGUCCACCCAGUCUCUCCACCCCAGAUGAUCGCCCAAGCAUCAGAAGGCUGGCCUUCAAUAAGAGUUAAAGUUUUAAA